CACGCACGCGCAAACAACUUGAGGUUUAGGCGGGGCGGUAACUCUUGUCUUUAGUCUGGCCAGGUCCUGGAUUCCACGCGGAGUCUUGCAGAUCUGUGGCAGACAGGAGGUCACCUCAUUCUGCGUUCCAGUCGUCAGCCCAAUUCCUAGCGGCACAGAGCGCGACAGCGGCAGCCAACCAGGCCCACCAUGGCAGCGAACUAUUCCAGUACCGGCAGCAGGAAAGAACAUGUCAAAGUGACAUCUGACCCCCAGCCUGGCUUCCUGGAGCGCCUGAGUGAGACUUCCGGCGGGAUGUUCGUGGGGCUGAUGACCUUCCUACUCUCCUUCUACUUAAUCUUCACCAAUGAGGGCCGAGCACUGAAGACAGCCACCUCGCUUGCAGAGGGGUUGUCACUCGUGGUGUCCCCUGACAGUAUCCACACCGUAGCUCCGGAGAAUGAAGGGAGACUGGUUCACAUAAUUGGGGCCCUGCGAACUUCCAAGCUCUUGUCUGACCCAAAUUAUGGGGUCCGUCUACCAGCUGUGAAGCUGCGUCGGCAUGUGGAGAUGUACCAGUGGGUGGAGACGGAAGAGUCCAGUGAGUACACCGAGGAUGGACAGGUGAAGAAGGAGACAAAGUACUCCUACAACACAGAGUGGAGGUCAGAAAUUGUCAGCAGCAAAAAUUUCGACAGAGAGAUUGGCCACAAAAACCCCAGUGCCAUGGCAGUGGAGUCUUUCACAGCAACUGCUCCCUUUGUCCAGAUUGGCAGGUUUUUCCUCUCAGCAGGCCUCAUCGACAAGAUUGACAACUUCAAGGCCCUGAGCCUGGCCAAGCUGGAGGACCCCCAUGUGGACAUCAUUCGCCGAGGAGACUUUUUCUACCACAGUGAAAACCCUAAGUACCCGGAGGUUGGUGAUGUUCGAGUCUCCUUUUCUUACGCGGGACUGAGCAGUGAUGACCCUGACCUGGGCCCGGCUCACGUGGUUACUGUGAUUGCCCGGCAGCGAGGUGACCAACUAAUCCCAUAUUCCACCAAGUCCGGGGAUACCUUGUUGCUCCUGCACCAUGGAGACUUCUCAGCUGAGGAGGUGUUUCGUAGAGAACAGAAGAGCAAUUCUAUGAAGACAUGGGGCCUGCGAGCGGCUGGCUGGAUGGCCAUGUUUAUGGGCCUCAACCUCAUGACACGGAUCCUCUAUACCCUAGUGGACUGGUUUCCUGUCUUCCGAGACCUCGUCAACAUUGGCCUGAAAGCCUUUGCCUUCUGUGUGGCCACCUCUCUGACCCUGUUGACUGUGGCUGCCGGCUGGCUCUUCUACCGACCGCUCUGGGCUGCUCUAAUCGGCUGCCUGGCUCUGGUGCCCAUUAUCAUUGCACGGACCCGGGUGCCAGCCAAAAAGCUGGAGUGAAGCCUGAGAGGCCAGCUCCAGCUGAAGUAGGCGUCUGUACACCCCACUGUUUGAGAGGCCAGCGUCCACACCUGCAUGUCGUGUUUGCUGGCUGCCAGCUCGUCUCUCCACUCAACUUCUUGCCAAGAUGCAGCUUUGGUGGGCAGAAGCAGACCCAGCAAGUACUGUCCUGCUUAGUGCCUUCCCCUCUCGGCUUCACUCUGCUCCGCUGCCAGCUGACCUGCUGGUGAAGGGCUCAGCCUUCUCACUGCCCAUCCCUCAUUGCUAGAACCAAGUGCCAGGACUGCACAGCCACCAGCUACAACUGCAACCCCAGAAAACAGCCACCGCCCUCUGCUGCUGGCCACACCGCAUCAGUAGGACACUCCAUACCCAGGCUCGGAGGAGUGCUCCCCGCACCAAGUCUCUGGGUGGAACCUGAUGUGGCCUGAAGAAACACUGAAGAUCUUAUCGCAGAGGUCACUGUCACUGUGGCAGGACAGAGUGUUUCUGUGGAAGCCCUCAGGCCUCUGGUUCUAGGUUCUAUUACUCCACUGCUUCUCAUGUUCUUCCUAUCCCGAAAAGGAGUGUGAAUGGGUCACACUGACAGUUGCUGUUACACAAGUUAACUCUGCAGGAAUGGUGUUUCAGUGGGUGUGGCUCGCCUGGUUUUAGUUCCCUAGGCCAUGGGGAAGCUUUAGCUUUGCUCUCCUUUUGAACCAGUGUUGGGGGGGGGGGGGUCACUGUCAUGCUGCGUUGGGACUGUGGAGGGGCGCACCCCCUUAUUCCCCUGCUAUCACAGACGAUCUGUUCACUUGAAGGUGAUUUUUAUUUGUAGUCAGUGUUACAAGAAAAGGCUGGAAGCUUUUCUACUAAGCAGGCAUAGUCACAGUGACCUCCAGUCAACUAAAGCCAAGAUUCAGGACUAGGGCUUGCUGCAGGAGGCCCAUGGCUGGCGCUUUUCCGUGGGAACGCUUCUGACCUUGACACUCCAGCCUCAAGCAGUUGCUGAAGAGUGGCUCUUUUUGCAUUUAAUGCCCAUCACUGUCUUCAUCCCAAAUAAAAUCCAUCCGUCCUAAUAGGCACAUGUCUGAGUUUCCUUGCUACUAUGACACCCUUGGAAGGGAUGCUAGUCCUGAUGUCACAGAGCCUUGGUUUAUCCUGUACCUCAUUUCUGUUUGCAAAGUGGUUGCUGUAGCAACAGGAGUGUUUGGCAGCUGACCAAGGUGUCAGAACCCCUGACCUUAGUGGUAUGUAACAGUUCCUUCCAUGUCCUAUGGUAUCUGUGCUGUCAGCGGAGUAAAGGUACAGCCAGGGACAGCUUACUGAGUUUAGGAUGGAAACAAUAUUCACUACUGUUCGGUGCAUGCUGGUACAAUCUCUUCAAAACUCCUGAGAUGGUUUGGGAAAAUACAGUACAAUUAGUGAUGGCUAAAUAUGCAAUGCUUGGGAUGCAGUUUGUGCAACAUUUUCUUCUAUGGUUUUUACCUGCCAGCUCAAAAGUUAGAGCAAAUUAUGGAAGAAUAAUUUGAUGUCUUUGAGAAACCAUGAGGUUUGUAUUCUUUGUAUUAAAAUUUGAAAUAAAUUUCUACUUAUCUUUUGGUAUAGGA